GUUUAUUUGAACCAAGAGUAAAAUCAUAUCUCUCAACAUGAAUACAAUUUUCUUCUGCGGAUUCUUCUUGUCUGCUUUGGCAUGUGCUAAUAGCGCACCAUCACCCACUAUUCGCCAGCACGUAUUGGCCGAAAGUAAUCCGGAUCUUCCAAUGGCUUUUCAAGAUUCCUCAACUACGCGCCAAUCAGUGACGACCGUCGAUACUGAAACAAAAAAAGACGAAAGUAUCAUAACCGCCGCUAAUGAAUCAGAACAGCUGGAUAAUCCUGAAGGAGGUAGCUUGUCGAAAUCAGAAUACCUUGUCCCAAGAGACUUGGAAGUAGGAGUGAAUACGCAUCAAUCUAAACAUAGUAAAGUCAGACAAGGUCGCCAACAUGCUGAUACUGGUUAUGAUUAUGAAAGUGCCCAACUUAUUGAUGGUGCAGAAGGAGAGUUUCUUUUUAAAAAAUAACCAGUCCAGCUGAGGCUUCUGAAGUCUUUUGCGCACUUAUAGACGGUUCGAUAGGCUAAGAUUCCUGGUAGAUCAUUCAAUGGAAGUUGGCUGUUUUCCUUCGUCGUUGGAUAUUUAUUAUUUAGGUACUGUCGAUAUUGUUAAUUUUAAGCAAUGAUUAUUUUUAUCCAUUUUUCAACUUAGGUUGAUUAUUGCUCUGUGUAAUUUUUUCAUUAGCAAAUUCCUUUAUUUUUUUAUUAAUGAUCAUUAAAAUAAACCAACUUAAUAACUAUA